UGAGAAGAAAAUAAUAAAAGUUUAUGAAUUUAAUUAUAAAGUUAUUUAUUUGAUAAAGGCGGAGUAUUUUGGUUUUCAUGGAUACGCACGAACAAAAUCAGAAUUUUGAUACAAUAAUGACAAACGAAGAAAAAUUUAAUGAAAAUGGAGAAAUUAAAAAUGAAGUUAUAAAUAUAAAUGAAUCAGCUGGUAAACAAAAAUUAAGAAGUUGGUUGAAUCGUCACCUAAGAAUAAAAAUGACAGAUGGUCGAAUUUUAACAGGUGCAUUUUUAUGUACAGAUCGUGAUGCUAAUGUCAUAUUAGGAUUAUGUUCAGAAUACUUAUCAGAAAAUUCCGAACCAAGGGCUUUAGGAUUAGUAAUGGUUCCUGGAAGACAUAUUGUAACAAUACACUUAGAUAUAUGACAGUAGAUCGAUAGAUCAAAUUAUUAAUUUUGGAAAGAAUUCUUAUUAGUGUUAUGCAUAAUUUGAUAUUGUGCAAAGAUAUAUACUGAUAUUUAAUUUUCUUUUUUUAAUUUAAUAAUUUCUGUACAAAAUAAUGUAAAUAAAUAACAGUUCAAUUGUAAAGUGGUAGAAUGAUUUAAAACAAUAGUCACAUUUAUUUCAAAUGAAUUUAUACUAUUUUUUAAUUUUUUC